GGUCCCCGCCGAGCCGCUGCCGCCAACACCGAGGUGCCCCGGCCCUCCCUAGCCGCAGCCGUCACCGUAGAACCGGCUGCGCGGCGCGAGCACGAGGAGGCGGCCGCCAGCGCCGCCCGCAGCGGAGGAGGAGAAAGGGUGCGCAGCCCGGAGGCGGGGUGCGCCGGUGGGGUGCAGCGGAAGAGGGGGCCGGGGGGGGGACUUCGUAGCAGUCAUCCUUUUUAGGAAAAAGAGGGGGGGCAAACCCUCCCCCACCACCUCCUUCUCCCGCAGCGCACCACACACAGUGCGCGGGCUGCUCCUUGGGCACCGGCGGCCCCAGCGCGUCCGUGCCUGCGUUUAGCAAGCUGCUUAUUUUUUCUUUUCCUCUUUCGGAAAGCGCUUUGGCCCUUCGGAGUUUAAUCAGAAGAGGAUUCCGGUCCCCGUCCACCAGCUCCUCCAUCGUCCCCUUGGCGUGUCUCUCUGCCCUGGAGGUCUGAAGCGGUCCGGUGGAUACGGAUCCAUGCCUGCGCUCCAGCGUGUGUGUGCGCGAGUGUAAAUUGCCGAGAAGAGGGGAGACUCACAGGACUUCUGCAAAUGCUGGACUGAAAAAUUGUAAUUCAUCUGCCGCCGCCGCCGCCGCCGCUGCCUUUUUGCCCCGCUGCGGUGCUGUUGAGAUCUCUGGUUGGGAUUCCUACGGAUUGACAUUCUCAGUGAAGCCAGAGUGUGAGGACCCAAUCUGGAAACCCUCCUGAUUUUUCCUCCACCUAGCCCCCAGACCCCAACUCCCGAUUCAUUGCAAGUUUCAAAGAAGCUUAUACAAGGAGACUUCUGAAGAUCGAUGGUGUGGUUGCCUUAUGUAUUUGUUUGGGUUUUACCAAAAAAGGGGAAACUUGACAGAAGAUCAUGCCGUCCUUAGAAAAUACAGUAAGUUCUUUGCACAGGAAUUUGGUUUAAUGUAACUUUCCAUGGACUCGUUUGAAAUACUUUUUAUUCAAGUGCAUUCAAGCAAAUUUCAUUUCCAGACAGUUUAAUGCAUUUUUUAACGUGUAACUUGUAGCGGAUAUACCUUUCUUACCCUAAAUAUAUAAAGGAAAACACACCUGAUUUUAACUUCCUAGGUCGUCCCACCUCCUCACCUUUCAGCACUGCGGAGGAAGUAGACUGAUAUUAACAAAGCUUAAUAAAUAAUGUGCCUCAUUAAGUAAAAAGCAGAAAGGAAUUUGAAUAAAAAUUUCCUGCAUCUUAUGCCAAGGGGGAAACACCAGAAUCAAGUGUUCGGCGUAACUAAAGACACCCCUUCAUCCAAGAAUGCAAAGCACAUCCAAUAAAAGAGCUGGAUUAUAACUAUCCUUUUUUUUCUUUCGGGGCCGUGGGGGCGGGAGUCGGGACGUGAAGUGCCAUUGAUACCUGCAGCUUCUUUUCGGGGAAGGAUGGCGCAAGCCGGGAGAACAGGGUAUGAUAACCGGGAGAUCGUGAUGAAGUACAUACAUUAUAAGCUGUCACAGAGGGGCUACGAGUGGGAUGCUGGAGAUGCGGACUCGGCGCCCCGGGGAGCUGCCCCCACCCCUGGCGUCUUCUCCUUCCAGCCUGAGAGCAACCCAACGCCCGCUGUGCACCGGGACACGGCUGCCAGGACAUCUCCUCUACGGCCCCUCAUUGCCACCGCUGGGCCUGCGCUCAGCCCUGUGCCACCUGUGGUCCACCUGACCCUCCGCCGGGCUGGGGAUGACUUCUCUCGUAGAUACCGUCGUGACUUCGCAGAGAUGUCCAGUCAGCUGCACCUGACGCCCUUCACCGCGAGGGGACGCUUUGCCACGGUGGUGGAGGAACUCUUCAGGGAUGGGGUGAACUGGGGGAGGAUUGUGGCCUUCUUUGAGUUCGGUGGGGUCAUGUGUGUGGAGAGCGUCAACAGGGAGAUGUCACCCCUGGUGGACAACAUCGCCCUGUGGAUGACUGAGUACCUGAACCGGCAUCUGCACACCUGGAUCCAGGAUAACGGAGGCUGGGAUGCCUUUGUGGAGCUGUAUGGCCCCAGCAUGCGACCUCUGUUUGAUUUCUCCUGGCUGUCUCUGAAGACCCUGCUCAGCCUGGCCCUGGUCGGGGCCUGCAUCACUCUGGGUGCAUACCUGGGCCACAAGUGAGGUCAACAGACCUGCCCCAAACAAAUAUGCAAAAGGUUCACUAAAGCAGUAGAAAGUAUAUGCAUUAUCAAUGAUGUACCAUGAAACAAAGUUGUGAUCUUUUUUUAAAGCAGAAUACACACACACACACACACACACACACACACACACACACACACACACAUUCAGGCAAAUGGUCGAAUCAGCUAUUUACUGCCAAAGGGAAAUAUCAUUUAUUUUUUACAUUAUUUAGGGAAAAAAAAGAUUUAUUUAUUUAAGACAGUUCCACUGAAACUCCAGGCUUUGAAAACCAUACCAGGAAUUGCCAAGAAACAUGUGGCUCCACCUGCUGGCCUGUGCCUGUGGUCAUGGAUCUGUUUUCCAUAUUGGCCAGACUGGCCUACCAUCUAAAGAGCAAAUGGCACAGGACCCUGACUGCUGGGGAAGCCUGUAGUCUGGCUGCUAGAAGCUGUGGAGAAGGCUUCAAGGUGAUCUCUAUACACUGGCCCUGGGGGCCAGGAUGCUGGAAGGGGCAGGUGCCUACAAGAAAGCCUGGUCUUCCUUGGACUGGAGAAGGGACUUUUGUAUAUGACUCACAUGGUACACACCCAGUCAGAGGACAAAGGCUGGAAACGUCAGAUGAACUUGGUACCCACUGAGACUUCCCUGCUGAAAGACAGUGAUGGGAAAAUGCCCUUAAUCAUAGGAAAUUAUUUUUUUAAGCUACCAAUUGUGCCGAGAAGCAUUUUAGCAGUUUAUAUAAUAUCAUCCAGUACCUUAAGCCCUGACUGUAGAUAAUCUAUAUUUUGGAUACACACACCCCUCCUCCAAUACUCACUCUGUCCGAGGAGGAAACAAAGGCUUCUGGAUUCCAGGAAGUGGAUGUGUGACGUCUUCUUCAGCAUCAGGAAGAAUGGGGUCACCUAGCGCUUCAGGCAGCCACAAGUGCCUGCUUUAUGGAGACCAUCAUCUGCAGAACCUCCCUGUGGCUCAGCAACUUGGCCUGGGCAGCCUGCCCUGAGUGUGACCCUCACCAGCCUCCUCACCGGGUUUGGAACAGACCAGCUGGUCUCUUGAGUGUCCGGAAGUUCUCAGAGCUCAGACUUACCCAGUAAGAAAGAGCAAUAUCGAGACUCAUGUACCGGGGUCUGCUACCCUCAGGCCCACCAGGCUGGGCCUGUCUGGAGCAGGAGAGCUGCUCUUCCUAAGACACUUGCCACUGUAGAGAGGAGAAAGCAGGCAGUGCCCGUCCUGCCUGAGGGCAUAGCGAAGGCAGGCGCACCACCUCACAAGAGAAGAAGCUGGGUGGUGCUUUAGGCGGCCACAGGUACCUGCUGGCAGUGCUGUCACAUUUAAAGCAAGACUUUAAGUUACUUUGGCCAUAAAUCCUAAGGAAGCACUGAAGCAAGGUUCAUGGAGUCGAUGACUCAUGUCUAUGGAUUUACAUGUAAAACAUUAUCUUGUUGUAGUUUGGUUUUAUUUGAAAAUCUGACAGAGAGAGAGAAUAAAAAGUUUCAGGUAUGUAUAGAAUGUGGAGAUUAUCUAUACAUCCUGGGGCCAAAAAAAAAAAAAA